UCUUCCAGCCAUAUGAUUUCAAUCAAAUCUCGUACUGUUUUGGCUUUCCUUUGUGGUCGUUGGUAGGUCAUCACAAGAAUUGAACCAACUUGAUGUUCUGGGGCAAAUAACAUAAACAGCCUGCCAAUUAGAGUGCCAGAGUAUCCCAUUUAUAGCUUACGGGAGAAAAACCGCACAGCAAUUUGAGGGUAUAAGUUUAAAAAUUCUUACCCAAUGAGUUUUUUUAGUCGCUUCGCGUUAUUUAACACCAUUGCUUCCAAUGCAGAGAAUGUGUUUUCUUCUUUUUCCAACACAAUCCAGGAAAUGGCAGAGCCAUCGGAGCUGGAGCAGUUGUCUAGCAACGCCAGAGCAAAACUCCAAGGUCGAAACCUCCCAAAGUAUGUAAUUCUCCACAAUUCCAAAUUCAAGGCAAGUUGGGACUGGUUUGUUCUAGCACUGGUUAUUUACACAGCUAUUGAAAUACCUUAUACGGCUGCGUUUGGGCAGCUCGACAAAACCAAACGAAUUUCUCCGUUAGGACAAUUGAAGAAUGGACGUUACCUUGCAAUAUCAAAUGUUGUCGUAGACUGCUUAUUCAUUGUGGAUAUUUUGAUUAAUUUUCGCUCGACCUACACGCGGAAGGGAACAGAUGAACUAGUUGUAGACCCAAGAAUGAUUGCCUGUAAUUACCUUAAGACAUGGUUUGUUAUCGAUCUUCUUGCUGCCAUCCCUUUUGAAUUCUUCGUCAGUCAGGGAACUGAAGGGACCGCUUCUCUUGCAGGACUUUUGAAAUCCGCGCGUCUUUUGCGCCUGGUUCGAGUGUCACGUAAACUUGACCGAUACUCCGAGUAUGGGCUCGCUGUGGUAGUGCUAUUAACCUGCCUUUUCACUCUUGUCGCUCAUUGGUUGGCUUGUAUUUGGCAUUUUAUUGGUAUAUCGCAGAUUACCCUACCUCAUGGUUGGAUUACCGUGCUGAGCAAGCAGAUGAAUAGUUCGUAUGACCCUUCUUAUUCUAGUCUACCCGAUUUGACAACAAGGUACAUCUCGUCUCUUUAUUUCACCUUGACGAGUUUAACAAGUAUCGGAUUUGGAAACGUAUCGCCGAAUACAAAUUCUGAGAAGAUAUUUGCUGUAGUAAUGAUGUUAGUUGGAGCUCUCAUGUACGCCGCCAUAUUUGGUAACAUGACUGCAAUCAUUCAGAGACUUUACACGAGAACAGCUCGUUACCAUAGAGACAUGAAAGUUAUCAAGGAGUUUAUUCGUUUCCAUAAUAUUCCCGAAAACCUUCAGGGGACAUUAACAGAGUAUUUCACACAUGAAUGGUCAGCUCAGAAAGACCAACAGCUGAAUCAGGUGCUCCAAAGAUUCCCAGAGAGCCUUCAAGCAGAUAUUUGCGUCCAGAUUCAUAGAGAAGUGUUCAGCCGGUGUCCGGUGUUUGAGAAUAUGAGUGAUUCGUGUCUUAGGGCUUUGUCUGUAAAGUUUGACAUAAUGAACUAUCUUCCAAGUUAUUUUAUUAUCAAGGAAGGAGACUUAGCUAAAUAUAUCUAUUUCUUUGCUUUGGGGACUGUGGAUGUGAUUAAAGAUGGAGGGUCGGUGUCUAUUUUAGGUCAAGGGGACAGUGUGGGUGGAGACUACAUGUCAAUCAAGACCAAAGGGAACCUCAAAGCAGACGCCACCCUAAUGGCGCGAACUUUCACCGAAGUUCAUUACGUGGCAUGGUCUGACGUGUUUUCUGUGGCAGAGGCUUUUCCAGAGAUUGAAGAAGCUAUGUGUCAAUAUUUAUACACUUUGGAUAUUGGUCGCUGUAACCAGAAAGGUGGUGGACUCGUUGGACAAGGGCCAUGGUCGGCACUUGCUCUUGGUGCACCAAUAGGAAUCUCACUCGUAAAUAUUGCUGAUUUCAAGUCUACCCAAAGUAAUUCAAAGGAGAUUCAAGUCGAAGCUGAUGUAAAUAAAAACUCAAAUCGAAAAUCCCCAAGGCCUGCAAACCCGACUACUUGUAUGAACGGGAGUAUUGGGGAGACUCCUCCUCAGACUCUCUCGGAUAAACAUUUAGCCUGGACACUAAAUGCUUGUCAGAGAAUUGAAACGCUGGAAAAGAGACUAGUGAACGUUGAAAGCAAAAUACAAGAUAUUCUUGAUAUUCUAAUAGAAAACCGUGCUGAAAAUGGAAGAAAAAAAGAAUUAAGGCACAAAACAACAUAUUUAUAAAUUCAUUAUCCAAACUUAAACAACGGAAUUAACUGAUUUUUGCGAUAAAAUCUUUAUUAUUAUUAUUAUUAAGAAAACAAUACGUUCUUUGUUUGCUGAUGAAAUUUUCGUAUAUUACAAAAUGUUUUGACGUGUGAGUUUGAUUUUAAAACGACAAUUCGAUUAUAAAUAACUUUGAAAAUUUCAGCUAAACUUAUUUAUUGUAAAUAUUCCUCCCACACCGCGCAACAAACAAUUAAUCAAAUUAUAAAACAAGGGUCAGAUUUGAGCAGCAAAAAACAAUUUAAAAAAGGUAAAAGCCAAAACAGUAUAUUGUAGUCUGCAGAGAAUUGAAUACAAUUUCAUGAAAAAUAACCAGGCAGUUCGUCGAUGUUAAUUAACAAAUCUGAAACAACAGAGAUGGCAGGCGCAGUAGAUAUACAGUCAAUUCAAAAAAACGUUGUCGUCGACCGGCUCAAGCCUACGCGACUGGACCGAAAGAAAUAUGGGUAAAAAUCAUUGAAGCGGUUAAAUAUUCGUUCUGAAUUAAUUGUUCCGCUAGUUAUAAUAGAUAAUAAUGGCGAGAAACAACCCAGCAAAUGCAUGUUUUUGGGUUUAGUGAAAGAAAAACAAAGUAGUUAUGAUUCAGUUCACAAUUUCGAAAAUAUGAAGGCAUUAA